AUGGCAUCGUCAAGCUCCCAACCGCCCAUGCGGCCCAUCGAUCCCCAACCCAUAUCAUCACCAUCCAAUGCGCCAUACUUUCCACCUCCUCCAGGAUCACAAGGUCCUCCCGGUCCUCCCCCAGGUAUUCCUCUGGGUCCUCCUCCGCCAGGACCACCACCAGGUCAAGGCCUAGCCUUACACCUCGGACCAGAGUCCCAAAUACCAGAUCAUCCUGGAAGCACAAUGAGCAUCCCAACCGUGCCGGGACACACAUUGACGCCCAUGGCUCCUCCCGCAGCAGUUGAUGUUCGCAACGUCAGAGCAAGCACCCAAUUCCAUCUCCGCGAAUUCCUGAGCGUCCGCGCCCAAUUGCAACAAGGCGGCAGCUUCGAGCUUGAAUCCCGUUUAAGAAACCAAGCCGGCAUAUUAAUAGGUGACCUGAGCAACCUGCAAGCCGAGGUCAGAGCCCUAGCAAAAGCCGCCGAGAAUCAACGAUGGCGGAGAUUUCUCGUAGGAGGCGCAAUCGCGGCAUUCAUCCCUGCUGUCCGCAGAAUCUUCCGCCGCAACUCCGACGAGGAGUCCCAAUUGUCAUCCAAUGACACAGAGUACGCCUUCCGCAAAUCCAAGGGCUUGCUUUCUGGAAUUAAAAACGCAAUCCUUGGCGGGGGCAUGCUUGCCAAGAUUGCCUUUUUUGUGUUUUCUAUUUUGUACGUGUUUCAGAAUGAAGUGACCAUCAGAGUGGCCAAGACGUUGAACAGAAGGCUGAGGAAGUUGACGGAGAGUGUUGAGAGGGGAGAUCCGAAUAUAAGUGAGGGUGAUUUGAGGGUCUUUGAGGGAUGGCGGUGGAGGGUGCUUUUGUGGUAA